AUGCAAAGCUACAUGACUCCCUCUGGUCGCAGAAAUGGUGCAAAUGCUAUGGUAUCUGAUUAUAGCUUCUCCAUCAUAGCCUCGAUCUUGACUCGGCUAAGGGGCUCGCCGCCCUUGAAGAGGUCGAGGGUAUCAUUCAGACGCUGCUGCGUGACGGGGUCAGCCACGAUGGCCUUUUACAACUCGGCCCCCUCGUUGGCGAGGCAGUCGGUCUUCGUGUCUGCCAGCUUUCCGUCCCAGUCUGCCACUGCGGGGGGAUCGUCAUUGACUAUCUUGGCCAGGAGGUCGGACAGUUUGCCAGAAGUCACAUAG